CCUCACACGUUCCUGGGCCGACGCGGACCGAAGGACUCUUGUCGCUUUUCGGGGUGCAGUCACAGUCGCCAAUUGUUCAUCGGGAAGCGGAGCCCCCAGGAGCGUCCGAUCCUCCGCCAAGGCUGGCCUCAUGGAUUUCUACCUGCUUGGAUAUUUCAUGUGUGUGUGGCUGUGCGGCUCGCGGGUGCUGGGGGGCUAUCCCAUCUGGUGGUCCCUGGCCCUGGGGCAGCAGUACUCGUCUCUGGGCUCCCAACCCAUCCUGUGCGGCUCCAUCCCGGGCCUGGUGCCCAAGCAGCUGCGCUUCUGCCGCAACUACAUCGAGAUCAUGCCCAGUGUGGCCGAGGGCGUCAAGCUGGGGAUCCAGGAGUGCCAGCACCAGUUCCGGGGGCGCCGAUGGAACUGCACAACCAUCAAAGACAACCUGGCCAUCUUUGGCCCGGUGCUGGAUAAAGCAACCAGAGAGUCGGCGUUUGUCCACGCCAUCGCUUCAGCCGGCGUCGCCUUCGCCGUCACGCGCUCCUGCGCCGAGGGGACGUCCACCAUGUGCGGCUGCGACUCCCACCACAAGGGACCCCCCGGGGAGGGAUGGAAAUGGGGCGGCUGCAGCGAGGACGCCGAAUUCGGCGUGCUGGUGUCCAGGGAGUUUGCAGACGCCCGGGAGAACCGACCGGACGCCCGUUCGGCCAUGAACCGGCACAACAACGAAGCGGGACGCACGACCAUCCUGGACCACAUGCACCUGCGCUGCAAAUGUCACGGCCUGUCCGGCAGCUGCGAGGUGAAGACCUGCUGGUGGGCCCAGCCCGACUUCCGCAUGCUGGGCGACUACCUGAAAGACAAGUACGACAGCGCCUCCGAGAUGGUGGUGGAGAAGCACCGGGAGUCUCGCGGCUGGGUGGAGACCCUGCGAGUCAAGUACGCCUUCUUCAAGCACCCCACCGAGCGGGACCUGGUCUACUACGAGGGCUCGCCUAAUUUCUGCGAGCCCAACCAGGAGACGGGCUCCUUCGGCACGCAGGACCGCGCCUGCAACGUGUCGUCGCACGGCAUCGAGGGCUGCGACCUGCUGUGCUGCGGCCGCGGACACAACACCCGGACUGAGAAGCGCAAGGAGAAGUGUCACUGCAUCUUCCACUGGUGCUGCUACGUCAGCUGUCAGGAGUGCGUACGCGUCUACGACGUGCACACGUGCAAGUGA